CGGCAAAGGCCGGUCACGCCCUCUCCCAAUCUCCCCCGACCCAACCCAUCUGCUCCGCCGCCGCUCUCCCCGCUCCUCUCCUCCCUCCAGAUCGCCCCGUCCUUCUCCCGCCUCUCCCUCCUCGGCGACAUGAGCGGCCCCGCCCCGACCCCGCCGCCGCCCCCUCCUCCGGCGGCGGCGCCCGCCCGUCCCGUGCGCUACGACUUCCUCAACUCCAAGCCGCCCCCCAACUACGUCGCGGGUCUCGGCCGUGGCGCCACCGGCUUCACCACCCGUUCCGAUAUCGGGCCGGCCCGCGCUGCCCCGGACCUCCCAGAUCGCUCCGCCGCCGCGGCUGCUCCUCCCGCUGUCGGGCGCGGCCGCGGGAAGCCCCCCGGCGAGGACGAAGGCGGUGAUGAAGGCGGCGACGAGGAGAAGGGAUACGACGAGAACCAGAAGUUCGACGAGUUCGAGGGCAACGAUGCCGGCCUCUUCUCCAACGCCGACUACGACGAUGAUGACCGCGAGGCUGAUGCUGUCUGGGAGAGCAUCGACCAGAGGAUGGACCUGCGCCGCAAGGAUCGGCGCGAGGCGCGGCUCAAGCAGGAGAUUGAGAAGUACCGUGCGUCCAACCCCAAGAUCACCGAGCAGUUUGCUGAUCUCAAGAGGAAGCUGGCUGAUGUGUCCGUGCAGGAGUGGGAAAGCAUACCUGAAAUUGGGGAUUACUCGGCGCGCAACAAGAAGAAGCGUUUCGAGAGCUUUGUCCCGGUGCCGGACACUCUGCUUGAGAAGGCCCGGCAGGAGCAGGAGCAUGUCACAGCGCUGGACCCCAAGAGCCGUGCGGCUGGUGGCACUGAGACACCGUGGGCUCAAACUCCGGUUACCGACCUGACUGCCGUGGGUGAGGGCCGCGGUACUGUGCUUUCGCUGAAAUUGGACAGGCUGUCAGAUUCAGUUUCUGGGCUUACUGUUGUUGAUCCAAAGGGAUACCUUACAGACUUGAAAAGCAUGAAAAUUACUAGCGAUGCUGAGAUCUCUGACAUUAAGAAGGCGAGACUGCUGCUCAGGUCUGUGACGCAGACAAACCCAAAGCAUCCUCCAGGUUGGAUUGCUGCUGCCAGGCUUGAAGAGGUUGCUGGCAAGCUCCAGUCUGCUCGGCAGCUCAUUCAGAGGGGCUGUGAGGAGUGCCCCAAGAACGAGGAUGUGUGGUUCGAGGCAUGCCGGUUGGCUAGCCCAGACGAGUCAAAGGCUGUAAUUGCCAGGGGUGUGAAGGCAAUUCCCAACUCUGUGAAGCUGUGGCUGCAGGCUGCAAAACUAGAGAGUAGUGAUUUGAACAAGAGCAGGGUUUUAAGGAAGGGAUUGGAGCACAUUCCUGAUUCAGUUAGGUUGUGGAAGGCUGUUGUGGAGCUGGCGAACGAGGAGGAUGCACGGAUGUUGCUUCACAGGGCUGUGGAGUGCUGCCCACUUCAUGUUGAGCUGUGGCUUGCCCUAGCAAGGCUCGAGACAUAUGACCAGGCAAAGAAGGUGCUUAACAAGGCCAGGGAGAAGCUCAACAAGGAACCUGCCAUUUGGAUUACAGCUGCAAAGCUGGAGGAGGCUAAUGGGAACACCCAAUCUGUAAGCAAGGUGAUUGAGAGAGGUAUAAGAUCUUUGCAGAGAGAAGGGUUGGAUAUUGAUAGGGAGGCAUGGCUAAAGGAAGCCGAAGCGGCAGAGCGUGCUGGAUCUGUGCUUACUUGCCAGGCUAUUGUGAAGAGCACUAUUGGAGUUGGGGUUGAUGAUGAGGACCGGAAGCGAACAUGGGUUGCUGAUGCUGAGGAAUGCAAGAAACGUGGUUCAAUUGAGACAGCUCGGGCCAUCUAUGCACAUGCUCUUAGUGUGUUUGUUGCCAAAAAGAGUAUAUGGCUUAAAGCGGCGCAGCUUGAGAAGAGCCAUGGGACAAGAGAAUCUCUUGAAGCCAUUCUCAGAAAGGCUGUCACGUACAAUCCAAAAGCUGAAGUGUUAUGGCUUAUGGGCGCAAAGGAGAAAUGGCUGGCUGGUGAUGUCCCUGCAGCUCGGGCCAUCCUUCAGGAAGCUUAUGCUGCUAUCCCUAUUUCAGAGGAGAUCUGGUUAGCUGCAUUCAAGUUAGAGUUCGAGAACAAUGAACCGGAGAGAGCAAGAAUGCUUUUGACCAAGGCCAGGGAAAGAGGAGGCACCGAGAGGGUUUGGAUGAAAUCAGCAAUUGUUGAGAGGGAAUUAGGAAAUGUGAAUGAGGAAAGGAGGCUGUUGGAGGAAGGUCUGAAGUUAUUCCCCUCAUUUUUCAAAUUGUGGUUAAUGCUUGGACAGAUGGAAGACCGGAUUGGCCAUGUAGGGAAGGCAAAGGAGGUUUAUGAGAAUGGACUCAAACACUGCCCUGGUUGCAUCCCUCUUUGGCUCUCGCUAGCUAGUCUAGAGGAGAGGAUAAAUGGCUUGAGUAAGUCGCGCGCUUUCCUCACCAUGUCAAGGAAAAAGAAUCCAGCUACACCUGAACUAUGGCUUGCAGCAAUUCGAGCUGAAUUGAGGCACGGGAACAAAAAGGAAGCUGAUUCUCUACUAGCCAAGGCAUUACAAGAGUGUCCAACAAGUGGCAUUUUGUGGGCUGCAGCUAUUGAGAUGGUGCCAUGUCCGCAACGCAAAUCAAAGAGCUCAGAUGCUAUAAAGCGAUGUGAUCAUGAUCCACAUGUCAUUGCAGCUGUCGCCAAACUUUUCUGGCAUGACAGGAAGGUUGAUAAAGCAAGGAGUUGGUUGAACAGAGCUGUUACUCUUGCUCCUGACAUUGGGGAUUUUUGGGCAUUGUACUACAAAUUUGAACUCCAGCACGGAAAUGCGGACACACAAAGGGACGUUCUGAAACGAUGCAUUGCAGCUGAACCAAAACAUGGCGAGAGAUGGCAAGCUAUAAGCAAGGCUGUUGAGAACUCACAUCAACCAGUUGAUGCCAUCCUGAGGAAAGUUGUUCUGGCUCUUGGUGCAGAAGAAAAUCCCAAUGCUGCAGAACCCUAGUCCUUACUGUUUCGAUAAGGUCAUCCAAAUAUCGGGCUGAAGAGUUAUAGAUGACGGUGCGCCAGAUAAAUGCUCCUUGUAGUUUAUUCAAGAUGCCCUAAGCCCCCGACUGAUGAUUGUAUCAUGCAUAUCUGGUGGAGACCCCAAAAUCAUUUAUGCCAAGCAAGCGGUGUUGAUACUCAUUUAUACCAAGCGAGCGAGCUGGUGAUCUCAUAUGUGCACUGCAAGAUUUCUGGGAAAUUGGUUCAGCUGGCUUUUGGUGAUAGGAGGUCUGUCAUGUACCGAAAGCGCCUUGUUGUAACUUUAAAAGAGUUAAUGAUCAUCAACCCACUAAUGUGCUUGUAUUCUGUAUUCCGGUACAGUAUGUUACAAGAUUUUAAUGUUUGGAAUGCAUUUACGAAGUGGUCUGUUUGUUACCUGACGCAUUAUAUUUGCUCACCUUUGUGGUAAAAAGUUAUUCUUCUUCUA